AUGGACCAAGCAGAGGAGAUUCUGCACCUGCUGCGUCACCGCAGCCGCACGAGGUGCACUCACUCGGCCGAGCGGAUAAAUGCAGGCGGCAGCGAAGCCACGUGGGGCAGGCGCGUCAGGACGCUGGCAACGCAGGAGGCAGUUAGCGCGCGCGAACGCAGCAUGUCGGCGACCGCACCGCCAGCCAAGCCGCAGGACUGCGACGGGUGCUGGAAGACGCGCUACACUGUGCUGCUGUUAAAUCUUCUGGGGCUGGCCGUCAGCUACGCGACUCGCGUCAACUUGUCAAUGGCCAUUGUGGACAUGGUCAACAACACAGCGCUGCUCGAGCACUACACCGCCACCGGCGUCGAUGUCGCCGCUGUCGACGACUCCUGUCCGAGAGAGGUGGUCCCUGCGGCCUCAGCCGCUAGAAAGGACGGGGAGUUCGUGUGGGACAAGCAGAAGCAGGGCGAGAUCCUGGCGGCCUACUACUACGGCUACACUGUCGGACACGUGCCUGGAGGCGUGCUGGCCGAUCGUUUCGGCGGCAAGCUCGUCUUCGGGUGCGGCAUCUUCCUCUCGUCUGUCCUCACUAUCCUGACUCCGCUGUCAGCCUGGGCUGGCGACUAUGUGCUGUUCGCCAACAGGGUCGGCCAAGGACUAGUACAGGGUGGUAUUAUACCGGCUAUACAAACAAUUAUAUGUAGAUGGGCGCCUGAUCACGAGAGAAGCAAGUUUUCUGUCAUUUAUCUUGGAGUGUUUGGAGGAACUCUGGUGUCGAUGGCUGUGUCGGGCGCGCUGUGCGAGACGGCGGUCGGCUGGCCCCUGGCCUUCUACUUCUUCGGCGCCGUUGGGUUGCUGUGGUGCCUUCCGUGGUGUCUGCUCGCUCAGGACUCACCAGCGCAGCACCGGAGGAUCGAUCCAGCGGAGCGGAGCUACAUUGAGGCUACAAUCGUGUCUAGUGCCAAGAAGAAGCUGCCUGUGCCUUGGAAGAGAAUCCUGCUGUCACCACCCCUGUGGGCUUUCGUCUCACUUAUGAUUACCUUAGACUGGACGUACUACCUGCUCAUCACUUCGCUGCCGCUCUACAUAGCCAACAUUCUGCACUUCGACGUGCGAAGCAACGGUUUCCUGUCCGCCAUUCCGCAAAUCACUGGUGUGAUUGGAAGCCUGCUGUUUGGUUGGGCUGGCGACGUAGUGUUUCGCAAGGGCUACAUCUCCAAAAUAAACGGACUCCGCGUCGUCAAUGGGCUCAGUACCCUGGUGCCCGCCGCGACGCUGCUGGUGGUGACUUUGGUGGGCUGCAACACCAGUGUGCUGGUGGCCAUGCUGGCCAUCAGCGGCUUCUGCAUCUCCACGUACUGUGCAGCGCCCUACAUGAACAUGCAGGCCAUCGCGCCCAACUACUCGGGCACCAUCGCCGGCAUCGUCAACAGCAUCGCCAACCUGACGGGCAUCGCCGUCCCUUACGUAGUCGGCGCCUUCACCAACGCCAAUCAAUCACGCUCAGCCUGGAACUCCGUCUUCUACCUGUCAGCGGGGCUGGCUGUCGUCGGAUACCUCAUCUACGCCGUCUUCACGACUGACGAGGUGCAGCCUUGGAACGAGCCUGCCUCAGAUAUUGAAACCAAAGUACAUCAUGAGAGAGGUGUCGACAACGUCGCUUUUGACAACGACAACGACGGCAUUCAGCCUGGUGGGCAGAGGUCUCUAGAUCCGUAGCACGUGGUCUUUAUAGCUAGCGUCUGCUCAGUUUGUUACUUAGACGCUUUUGUAUGACAUACAGAAUGGUGUAUAUGGUCACGACCAAUACACAGAUUUGCAAGUCUUGCACACACUAAGAUUAGACGAUAACAUAUUUCCUGGUCAAUCAAUCGUCUGAAACGCUUGGUAAAUUGUGUUGUCUGUUGUGAAACAAAGGCCUUCUGCACAUCCAUGAACUACACCGAAAGAACCCAUUAAUUUGCACACUAUACUUUAUUAACUAUCUUCUGACCGUAUUUCAUUAGUCACACCCAGCCCAAAAAGUGUGUAUCAUCACAGUCCUUCAACGUCACAUCCAGUAUUUCCAUUAACAACCACACGUAAAUAAAAUUUUAUAAUAGACGUGAUUCUUUCUUAUUUAGAACGAAUGCCUUCAGUACUGGCGUGACUCAGACAACAAUAUUAACGAUUUGGGAGCUCUGCGCUCAGUAUGAUUACCACAAUUCUAAGGACCAUUAUCGAUAGACAUUUCAUUACAAAUAUUGCAAGUGUUUUUGUCACCAUCAUUUCAUGAACACAGUUAUCAUGCACCGUCACACUAGUGUCAUCGGUGUCGUCAGUUGAUAUACUGACAUUCAAAAUAACUCAGAUUACACCCUCGACGUUCCAGUCAUCGCUUUUCCAAGGCUAGCGGAACUUGAAUCAAUGGCACAACUGCUAUCGUCAGUUAGUCAGAACAACCGGCUUUGAAAGAGGUGAUUUCGAGAAACGCAGUUACGGCUGUCGGAUGAAGCUGUUUACCAUCAGUUACAGUGGCAUCAGCUGCGACCACCUUUGAAACUAUCUACCACUAACAUACCGACUUUAUCGUAGCUGAAGAGCAAGAGUUGUCACCUGCAAUACAACUGUGUACAUAGUUUCCAUUGACUUUAUCAUGAGCGAUAUGGUCACUUCGUGGAACACUGCACUUUCUGUCCUCUGUAAAUAAAAUGCAUACCGUACAUAUUUGUGCUGAUGUGUCCCACUGUCGAAAAACGAAAAGAUCUUUUUGAAAAGCAUAAACCUGAGCAUAGUCGCUCACUCCCACAUAAAUCUCUAUCUUCGCUUGUACAAGCAGUGUCUUCCGAAAAUGUUAAUGUGAAUGCAGUUAGAUGCUCAUAAGACUGUAACGAUAUUAUCUAAUACUUAAUGUAAUUGUGAAAAAAAUGCGCGAAUUUCACUACGGUUAUGGGAUACAAGCAAUCGACGAUGAAUAGAACUUUCUUAAUCAAUAUAGUCUCUUCCACAAAGCAAUGAAAAAGGAAAUACUGACGCUCUAUUUCCCUUUCUUUACCUAUUCGUAUUCUUGUACGAAAUUUGGAUUGACAUUCUUAUCGUUCUUUGCAAAACAAGAAGUUUUCGAUUGAGUCAUCCCU